AUGAUGAAUGAUGACAAUAAAGACCUAUUUAGAAAUGUCAACCAAAAGCCAGGCCUGCAGAUAUGGACCAUCAAUAACAUGCAGAUGGUGUCUGUUCCAACCCAAGGCUUCGGUAACUUCUUUGAGGGAGAUUGUUACAUUGUUCUUUAUAUAAGUCAGAACAAGAACUCAGGACAGACAGUGGACAUCCACUACUGGAUAGGAAACUCAUCCUCUCAGGAUGAGCAAGGUGCGGCAGCCAUCUACGUCACCCAGCUGGACGAGUACCUGGGCGGGAGGCCGGUCCAGCACAGGGAGGUGCAGGGCAAUGAGUCACCCCGAUUCAGGAGCUACUUUAAAAAUGGCCUGAUCUACAAAAAGGGUGGAGUGGCCUCUGGUUUUCACCAUGUUGACACAAAUGUCUACAAUGUCUUGCGAUUGCUGCACGUCAAAGGGAGGAAACACGUCACAGCGUCAGAGGUGGAUGUGUCAUGGAACAGCUUUAACAAUGGUGAUAUAUUCCUGCUGGAUAUGGGGAAAGCCAUAGUGCAGUGGAACGGACCCCAGAGCAACAGGAGAGAGAAGCUCAAGGCAGUCUUGUUGGCUCAGGAUAUCCGGGACAGAGAGAGAGGUGGUCGUGCUCAGAUAGGUGUUGUGGAGGGAGGAGAUGAGAAAGCCUCCCCAGAGCUGAUGAAAGUCAUGACGGCGGUGCUCGGUCAGAGAGCUGGGCUGCUAAGGGAUGCCGUCCCUGAUGACCAACCUGACCAAGUGCAGAAUGCCAACGUCAGGCUCUACCAUGUUUUUGAAACUAGUGGGAAUCUAGUGGUUCAAGAGGUGGCCACACAGCCUCUAACACAAGAUCUUCUUCACUCCUCUGACUGUUACCUUGCAGACCAGAGGGGCUCUAGAGUGAUGGUGUGGAAAGGCAAACAGGCCUCCAAAGAAGAGCGUAAAGAAGCUCUGAACAGGGCUAUAGGCUAUAUGAAAGCCAAAAACUACCCACCCAGCACCAGUGUGGAGGUAAUGACCGAGGGUGGAGAGUCUGCGAUGUUCAAGCACUUGUUCAAGUCCUGGAGUGAUACAAACCAAACACAGGGUCUGGGUACCACCUACAGCGUGGGAAAGAUAGCAAAGGUAGAACAAGUAAAGUUUGACGUGAUGACACUUCACGCUCGUCCUGAACUGGCAGCCCAGCAGCGAAUGGUGGACGAUGCCUCUGGAGAAGUUAAGGUAUGGCGUAUUGAGAACUUGGAGCUGGCUGAAGUAAAUCCAAGAACCUAUGGACAGUUUUAUGGAGGAGAUUGUUAUUUGGUGCUGUACAAAUAUCAAAGAUCAAACCAGGAUCAAUACAUACUCUACAUGUGGCAGGGCCGUCAUGCCACUAAAGAUGAAGUCACAGCAUGUGCCUACCAGGCUGUCAAUGUUGAUAAUAAGUACAAUGGAGCCCCGGUCCUGGUCAGAGUGGUCAUGGGAAAGGAGCCUCGCCAUUUUCUGGCCAUUUUCAAAGGCAAACUAGUCAUCUUUGAGGGUGGCACAGGUCGACCCGGUGUGGUCAACCCUGACAAAGGUGCCAGGCUCUUCCAGGUGAGAGGGACUAAUGAGCUGAACACCAAGGCCACUGAAGUGCUGGCGAGGGCAUCGUCUCUCAACACCAAUGAUGUUUUCCUGCUCAAAGCUGAUCACAUAUGCUACCUGUGGUAUGGAAAGGGCUGCAGCGGGGAUGAGAGGGAAAUGGGGAGAGCCGUGUCUGAUGUGCUUUCCAAGCAGGACAAGCAGGUGGUGAUGGAGAAUCAGGAGCCAGCUGAAUUCUGGGUAGCUCUGGGAGGAAAGGCCCCCUAUGCCAGUGACAAGAGACUGGAGAGGGAGGAGCCUCCCCACAGCCCCCGGCUGUUUGAAUGCUCCAAUCAGACGGGUCAGUUUCGGGUGACAGAGGUGGAUGACUUCGCCCAGAGUGACCUGGACGAGGAUGACGUGAUGCUGUUGGAUACCUGGGAGGAGAUUUUCUUGUGGGUUGGAAACUCAGCCAACCAGUACGAGACCAAGGAGGCAUGGAACAGUGCCCAGGACUACCUGAGGACACACCCAGCAGGCCGUGACCCCGACACUCCCAUUAUCUUUGUCAAACAAGGAUACGAACCUCCCACCUUCACUGGCUGGUUCAAUGCAUGGGAUCCUCAUAAGUGGAGUGGAGGCAACUCCUAUGAGGAGAUGAAAAAAAAACUGAGUGAUGCAGCAUCUAUCUCACAGAUUACUGUAGACCUGAACAACACUAAUCUGAAUAAGAGCCCUGCUGGGAUGGGUGGGAGUGGUUAUAGGGCUCCAGGGGGCCCCAUGAGUUCCCCUCCAGCCUAUAGGGUCCAUGGAGGUGACCUGUCCCCCAGACCCACUACUCCCAACAGCCCAUCUGCCCAACGAACACAGUCCUCUGUAUCUAUGGCCUUUUCCCCCUCCUCUAGCUUUACUCCAUCAUCCCUAGCUAGUGGCACCGUGUCCCCCUCUGCUGGAGGCUCUGGAAUAUAUCUGAACCCUGAGCUCCUCAUCGACAAGUCUCCCAGCAAUCUGCCACAGGGAGUGGACCCGAGCCAGAGGGAGGACCACCUGUCUGAUGUGGACUUUGAGAACCUGCUUGGAACCACCCGCCCAGACUUCUAUCGCCUGCCAAAGUGGAGGCAGAAUGACUUGAAGAAAAAAGCAGGACUUUUCUGAGAAAAUGUUGUCAAACCUGAAAAAUGUCUCUGUAUAGCAAACUGAAAGGCAGCAUUUUAGCUGUUAUUGAGAAUAUCAGGGUUGAUAGAUGCCUUUAUCAUUUCAUAUAUAUUUUUAAAAAUGACUGACAAUGGUUUUUAACCACCAGCCAAAUUAUAGUGAUUAAACAUUUAGAACUAUGAUAGCUUCUUUACAUGACUGCAAUAAAAAUCAUAAAUUGAAUGCA